AGGAGCGCUAGUGGAAGCCGAGGUGGCUGUUGCGGCUGGACCGGCUGCAGAGGCUGGGGCCGAGGCGGAAGCGCCAUGUCCGAGCCGUCCUCGCGGGGUGCCGAGCGCGACCUUUUCCGGGACACGUGGGUGCGGUACCUGGGCUAUGCCAAUGAGGUGGGGGAGGCCUUCCGCUCCCUGGUGCCAGCGGCUGUGGUGUGGUUGAGCUAUGGUGUGGCCAGCUCCUACGUGCUGGCCGAUGCCAUUGACAAAGGCAAGAAGGCGGGAAAGGUGCCAAGCCCUGAAGCAGGCCGCAGCACCAGGGUGACCGUGGCCGUGGUGGACACCUUUGUGUGGCAGGCUCUGGCCUCUGUGGCCAUCCCAGGCUUCACCAUCAACCGCGUGUGUGCUACCUCUCUCUACGUCCUGGGCACUGCCACCCGCUGGCCUCUGGCUGUCCGGAAGUGGACCACCACUGCUCUGGGGCUGCUGGUCAUCCCCAUCAUCAUCCACCCCAUUGACAGGUCAGUGGACUUCCUCCUGGACUCCAGCCUGCGCAAGCUCUACCCCUCAGUGGAGAAGCCCAGCUCCUCCUGACCCCACCCUAGUACCUGUCCUGUGCGUUGGCCCACUCCCUGCUCUGUUCCAACCUCCUCCUCCUGCUGGGGGAUGCGGAUGCCAGGCUCCCUGGGGUCCGAGGCUGUGGCAUCUGAGUGGGUUUGAGCUGGACAGCAACUGAGAGACAAAGGCCUCAAGGAGCGGCAGCCACAAUGCAUCACAGUCAAGGGUGGGACCUGCACCCUGUCUGCUUCCACAGAAUCCAUGAUCCUGAGUGGGAGUGGACUGCAGGUGGGCCCCGCCCUGUCUUUUCUCAGGGAAGUAACAUCCUCUCAUGGAGGAUAAGGAGACUGAGGACCCGAGAGGGCAAGGAACAUGACCAAGAUCACUUGGCAAGCUGGGGACCCAGGACCCCCAGAAGCUCGGCCGUGUCACCCCAUGGCAGCGCGGCUGGACAGAGGAGCAGCAGGCACUAUCCUGAGGACUGAUUCUCCCGCCAGCCCGUCCCUGGGGCAGGGGCUGCUGGGGCCUGGCUGGAAGGCAGGAGAGCCCCCAGCCCAAUAAAUC